AACGACAGAACGACAUUUCACUGCUUUUCGGCAUCUACCGGCAUCUUUCCGGCAUCUACCGCAACACUGCUGAUUUGCAUCUGGAACGCAGACGGAGAAUUUGGUGGAACGCAUGCGGCUUGAAAACUAUACACUUCACAUCUGAUGAUCGGACAGUCUAUUUUUUCUUUAAGCUGCUUACACCCUCCUCUGGCUCCAUAUUCGGCAAAACUUUUAAUCAACAGGGAGAAUUUGGUGGAAUGCACGCGGCUUGA